GUUGCAAAGAUCCUUAAAGAUCUUGAAAAACAGAAAGCCACAGGCCUGAAUAACAUCCCAGCUAGAUUCCUGAGUGAUGCUGCUGAUCGUAUUGGACCUUAUGUAACACACAUCAUCAACCUUUCCAUUCAACAUGGAAAGGUACCACAGGAGUUGAAACAUGCAAGAAUUGUUCCUUUAUACAAGAAAGGAAGCAAACUUUGAACAAGGGAACUACAGACCAGUGUCAAUUUUGAGUAUGUUGUCAAAGGUUUUAUAAAGAACACUCCAUGAAACAGAUCCUAAAGUACAUUGAUGACCAUAACAUUUCAUAUGACCUUCAGUCUGGCUUUAGACAAUCCUAUUCCACCAACACAUGUUUACUAUACUUGACAGAUUUUGUCAAGCAAGAAAUUGACAAGGGCAAAUGCUGUGGUACAGAAUGACACCGAAGAAGAUGGCAGCCGUUUUACAGCCCUCUAACAAAUUGUACUAUUAUCUAAAAUUUAUUUCACUCACCCCCCAUUUUAUUUUUUUAAAAUGGGGUUUUUGGGACCCCAAAAUUUGUCCUUGCGGGGUGAUUUAAAACACUCAAAAGGGAGGAGGAAAAACAGGCGUCGGUCCCCGAACAAAAAACAUAACCUCUAUAUAAACUACUGUUUUUUCCCAGGCUUUAAAAAGGCCCUGCCGGCAUGCUUUUUUGAGAAGAAAAAAUUUAACACCCAAAGUGACAAAACAUUAGGAACACCUUCCUAAUUUGAGUUGCCCCCCCUUUUUCCCCUCAAACACCCCUCAAUUCAUCGGGGCAUGAACUCUAAAAUUGUCGAAACGUUCCAGGGGUUUUUCGGGCCCAUUUUAACCCCAAUGCUUCCCAAAAGUUGUGCCAAUUUGGCUGAAGGGUCCUUUGGGUGGGGGAAACCUUCGGGUUACCCAGGGAAAAACGUUGGGUGAAAAACCCACGGGCAUUACGUUUUGACACACAAAACCCCGGGGGCACCGGAAACCUACAAACCAAACCCCUUUCCCCGGCAUUUAAAAUAUUUUUCCUAAUUUUUUGAAAACCUCAGUGCUAUGGAGAAAGUGUUGCAAACUUUAAAUCAAAGGACCCCCAAAUUUAACUAUCUGAAAAGUGCAGUGCUGAGGUCUCAGUGUUUGGGCAUUUUAAGAGCUUUAAAAACCCUUUUGGUUACAAUUUACUUUUUAAAAAUUUUUAUCAUUUAGCAAACGCUCUUACCAAAGUGACUUACGGGAAACCCUUUAAAGGGUUUCAGUGCCUUCCUAAAGGGGCCAUCGACAAUUUUUCCCUAGUCCCCCCCUUGGGGAAUUAAAACCCAGCAACCUUUAAAGUUACUGGCACAACCCCUUUAACCCUAACAAACCUCCGCCCAUCAUUUACAGUAAUACUGUGGCUGUGUGUGCCCCAAAAGGGCCCCCCUUUUCCCCUAAUAUGGGGGCCCUGGCCCAAAAGUAUGCAUUUAUAUGGGGAAUAGGGUCCCUUUUUGGGACGCACAUGUACCCCAGCCUUUCUGUAGUGUUUUUUCCUCAUUGGGUCGAAAAAAAAACCCUUUUUAAAUUCCAGGGUAGGGAAAAAGUAAAAAUACCAAAUUUUUAAACCCUAAGAAACCAUCACAUGGUACAUAAAUGAAAUUUGGGUAAAAUGGAUACAGGAGGGAAUGCAUAUAAAAACCAUUACAUUUAAAUUUAAACCCCCUUUUUUCUUUUAAUCCCAAAACCUAUAAAAAUUUUUAAAUAAACCAAAUAAGAAUACCCGGACGAAUAUCAAACAAAAAAGACAAAACAAUUUUAAGGAUUUCUUUUUGAGUGACUACUUGAGGGGAAAAUUUUUUUUUGGGGGGGAAAAUUUUUCCCCAUGUGACGGGUGUUUCCCCUCUGAAAAAUUGCUUCGUUUUGGGUUUUUGUUUGGGACAGGGGAUUUGAACUGUGUGGUAGCGGGAAAGGGCCUCCCCAAAGGGCUGUUUGGGGAAGGGUUUGACGAUCCUGUUUUAAAUCUGGGCCCCACUUGACAUUUUUUCUUCUAUUAAAAGUGUUAACCCCAAAGGGGGGGGUCAUCUUAAUAAAGAGGAAAGACAACCAAAUAAAUUCUCCUUUCUUUGAUAAAAAAAGACAGGUUUUUCGUGGUUCGAUCUUCAUUCAUUGUUGAACAAUUGUUCAUAAAAAAUGAAAUUUUGAAAAAAUUGAAAAAUGAACAAAACCUGAGAAAAAGCAGGAAAGACUAUUUUUUUUUUCAAUCUAUCCCCUAUUUUUUUUUGAGGUAGCCUAAUUUUUUACCAAAUUUUAAACCAAAAUUUUUCAUUUUAAGGGUAUGGCCUAUAAAAAAUAAAGGAAAAACCAAAAACAGAUGUUUCUAAAAUUUUUUUCUUUUUUUUACAUUUACAAUUUAAAACCGGGUAAUGUUUUUUUUUAAAUACAAGUGAUCACCCCAACUUUUCCCUUCUUUUGUCGGGCCCCACAAAGUGCUGCGUUUCAGGGUUUUUGGGAGUCUCAAAAACUGUUUUCUGCCUUGAAAAUUCCACACGGGCCUACUGACACUGUUCCCCCAUGUUAUAUUGGGUUUUUAAAACCCCCCCUAAGCGAGCGACAGCACUUUUUUUUGGUCCCCGGGGCCCCUCCCUUAAACAUCCAAAAUUAUUAAACGCAAAUCCAAGAGCAUCUCUUUGCUGCCCCCAUUUUUUUCUAUGCCACAUUUUACUGAACCACUUUUAAAACCCAUAUCAGGGGCUGUUUUCAUUUUCCAUUUUACUUUUUGAAACAUGUAUUUUUAUGUAAUUUUGUAGUGAAUUUAUGGUGUUUUAUCUGUUCUUUUUAAUACAAAAUCAUGGGGUUUUAAAAGAAAAUCGAGGGAAAUGAAAAAAACAUUCUUCAUUCUUUAAGGUUUUUAAAUAAGAAAAAUUUACUUUAUCUUAUUUUUGAGUUUGGGUUUCCAGUUCCCCAUGGCCCCUUUUUGGGGAACCUUGGUAUUUUUUUAACUCCUUUCGAAUUUCUCAAUAAUUAUUUGUUUUGGGUUUGUUUUUUAUUUUAAAUUUUUUUUUAUAACCUUUUUUUUUUCCUGAUGCUAUUAAAUAUGAAUGCAAAAUUUUAAAGUUUUUUUUCAUCAACAACUUUAAAUUGGGUUUUGGGAUUUUUUGACUACUUCUCCAAACUAUUUAAACUAGUUUGUUGUUUGGUUUUGAAAUAUCACCUAAUGUUCCUACAUCUUCCGGGAUAAAUCUCAUCCCCUUUUGGGGCCCAAACGACCUUGGGUUUUUCAUGCUUGCAUUUUUUCUGUGCAUUGCAUCAAAUGGUUGUUUCGGCUGCUGGAGGGGGGUUUUCCCCCCCGAUCAACGAUUUUUAAACUCCCCCUUUUUUGCUGCGCCCCCUCCCCUUUGGGGCAACCAUGGGAAACCCCUACCAACCGAUAAAACACGGAGGCCUGUUUUUCUUCUAAGACAAUAUAUUUUUUCACCGGGACUGGGGGGGACCCGGCCCUAGUCCACCACUCCAGCAACCAUUUUUUGGAAAAGAACACCCGGAAUGAGGGAAAAGGGGGGGAGAAAAGCAGGGGUUUAAAGAGACCCCGCUGCGACAUACCCCCAACGGUUUUUGGGGGCGGGCCUACCAACCCCUUUUUGGGUGCCAUUUUUUUGGGGGGGGUUUUGUUGCCCCCCCAUCCGAGGGGGGAGGCCCACCCAGCUUGGAAAUGGACAGGGCUAAACCCCUUUUUUGGGAGAGGGGACAGAGGCCCCUUCAAUUGGGGUCGGUAGUCUUCCUUGGUAGAAAAAACUCAGGGGGAGAACUAACCAAAGUAAACCCAAACAAAACUCUUUCAAGCCCCCCCCCCUUGAGAUUUUGCAUUUUUUUUUCCAUUUUAAUGUAUUUCCCCAAAAAAUAAUGGAUUUGUUUGCUUGCCAGAAAGAAUAAUGCGGGGGUUUUAAUUUUCACAGACCCCGGGGGUUUAAGUUUCCUUUCCCUUUCAAAGACCCCGAAAUAUAAAUAAAAAAUUUCCGAUUACCUGAAAGGCCCGAAAUCAGAGGGGAGUGGGGGGUUUGAAAUCUUCAAAAACAGACAUUUGGUUUUUAAAAAGAGAACUGAUUUAAACCAUGAUAGCAUGGAACAUUUUUGGGUGGGUUUGGGUUUUCCCAAAAGCGAGCCAAUCUUGGUAGGGGCUCUAACCUAUAGACCUCCCAACCCAAUUUACUUUAAAAGAGAUCCUUGAAAAUGUGUGGGAAAUCCCUACUGUGCCCUUUUUAAAAUGUGAAGUGGGUUCUCCGGGGGGAGGGAAUACUUAUUAUUUUAACCUUAGGGUGCCCCCUGUAUAAGGCCCUUUUCUGCUUUUGGGAAAAAAAUUUUUUUUACUCUGCACCAUUUAAAUGCCCUUGACCAUUUUUUGGUAUCAGAUAAAAACACCAUAAAAUUCCCCAAAAUGGUGUAAAUGCAUAAGGGGAAAUUAAAUGGGCCAUUUCUUAAUACAAAAACACAGGAAAAUGAAUUUUUAAAAAAAUGGUAAAUUUUCACAAUACCCAUCCCGGACCAAAACCCUCAAAACUAUACAAAAAAACCAAUUUCCCGAUUCUAGGACAUGUAGAAAUUUUGAUGGAGUUUGGAAAUUUUUGAGGGUGUUGAAUGGGAUGGGGUCCUUCCCCAAAGGGAACUUCCCCAUACUAUAAAUCCCCCCGUACUCAUUUUUGGGAGAGCAUGGCCUUUUCAAAAAGCCAGGGUUUUUGGGUUCGUUUCCCCACGAGGGGCCGUAAAAAAAUGUAUGCAAACCCCUAAAUGUAAAUCGCUCUGGAUAAGAGGGUCUGCUAAAUUACUAAAAAGUAAAAAAAAAAGUCCGGGGGGACAAGCGGGCAAACCCCAAAAAUGAAAGAGGAUCAAAAAAAAAGGGCAAACCUGGAUCAGUAGGGAAAUCCUUUAUUCCCUCCCCCAUGAGAAAAAAAUUCUCCCAAAAAACUUUUAAAGGGGGGAAAAACGCCCGGACUUCAAAUCAAUACAAACAAACCCAAGGAAAACAAACAAAGGGUGGUUUAAAGAAGCAACAACAAAAACCAAAUCAAAAACAUUGGACAGAACUCAAUGGUAAAUGUAAACCCUUUUCCCGGAUUCAAGGGGGCGAAUUUAUUUUAAAAAGCCUUUUCACCACCCUUUUCCAGCAACCUUUUUGGCCAAUCACUAAUUCUGGCGCCUUUGGAAAACAAACACAUUUAAAAAAACCCAUCAUUUUUCCAAGGCUAUCUACGGGGGACAGUUAGUUUUUACGGUUUCAACUUAAUUUGCAAAAAUCCUUAAAAAAUUUUUGAAAAAAAGAAAGCCACGGGCCUUUAAAAACUCCCAGCUAAUUUCCCAUGAUGCUGCUGAUCGAUUGGACCUUUGUAACCACAUCAUCAAACCUUUUCCCUUCAACUGGGAAAUACCACAGGGGUUGAAACCCUGCAAGAAUUUUUCCUUUUUACAAAAAGGAAGCAAAAUU